AUGACUGAUGGACUGAACUGGUCGAACGUCAAUUUAGAUUCGUGUAUUCCCUGCAUAAAAGGUAAACAGUCUCGACAACCUUUUCCUAAAACAUCAGGUAGAAGAGCAAAAGAUCUACUUGACAUUGUGCAUUCUGAUGUUUGUGGAACAAUGAGCAUGGCUUCGUGGAGAGGAUCACGAUAUCUUCUCACUUUUAUGGAUGAUCUGUCAAGAAAAUCUUUAGGUUAUAUGUUAAAAUCAACAACAGAAACAAUUGUGAAAGCCCUUGAUGUGCAAUUCAUCGAAAACUCAAAGUGCACUUGUGGAAACAGUAUUCCAAACAGUAACCCAAUUGACGAUAAUCGUAUAGACAGUCGUCAACUAGCGCCAGCACCUAACAUCAUUGAAGAGACAACUGAACUGACACAACCUGCUGAAGUUGACAGGAAUGCAGUUUAUCUUGAAUUAGCACAAAGUGACACUGAGAAAACAGUAAAUAGCAACGUAUAUACUCACACGGAAGUUGCGCAGCCAGAAAUGCAACCAGAAAUUAGAAAAUCAUCACGUGAAAGAAAACCAAAUACUAAAUAUUUUAAUGAUGAUUUUUCUUGUCUUGCUUGUAUUUCUGAACCAAAUUAG